AUGACGAGUUUAUUGGACACUUUAACAUCUGAAGUCACCACUUUCAAUCAAUCAGGUGCUGACAAUUUGAACGACUUGCUACAAGACUGUAAUGAAUUCCUUACAGAAUUAAGAUCAAUUGAGUCUGAUUUGGUGGAAGAAAUUAAGAAAGAAGAAAACGGAGAAACGACUACUACAACGGGAAAGAUGAGGACAUCAUUGGAUCAACUUCCAAAGCUAUCUGAUAAAUGGUACAAGUCAUCGAUAUCGCGAUUAAAAUCAUACAACUCCGCCAACAAUAAAUUCACCAAGAAUAUUCUCAAUAACAACCGAUUCAACAUCGAUCUAGAUGACGCUUAUACAUAUCCAUUGUUAUUGAAUAGCUAUCCCGAUAGUAAUUUUUCUGGUGUCAAGCAUGAAAUUAACCCUUCUAAUGGAAAUACGGCUCCAUUAAUUUCUAAUGAUGUUGACUCCGCGUUAUCAUCCGAGUUACAAUUGAAGAAAAUUAAAUCGGAAAAUAGAGAGGAGCUAAUUAAAUCAAUAAUUCUUCAUUUGUUGAAAGUGGGACAAUGUGAUAUUGUUCCAUCAAUUUUAAAAGAAUUACCACUGGAUUCACCAAUUGUGAUUGAUGAGUCGUUGUCUCAGAAAUUUGCCAUCUUGAAUAAGAUAGUGGACAAUAUUGUCAAUAAUCAUGAUUUGAAUAUGGCGUUAAGCUGGUUUGAUGAGAAAUACAAUGAAAGAAUUGCUUUAAACUCUGGUGAUCACAGUGGCUCGCUGGCAGAGACUAAUAUUGGUACAAUAAAAUCACAAACCUCUAUUGGGUCAGUUGCGCAGUUUGAUUCCAUGAAUGAAAUUGAGUUCAAGUUUCAUAUGCUUCAGUUUACAAUAUUAUUAAAUGGUAAGAGUUCGUCAUUUACAUUAGAUGAUGCAUUAGCUGCAUACUUAUAUUCCAAAGAUAACUUUGCUAGGUUUUUCAAGGACUACAUCAAUGAAAUCUCGCCGUUGAUGACAUUGCUAUUAUUUAAAACAGACAAGGAUACAGACACAAACGAUGAUUUUUCAAAGAAACAUAUGCUUGCUACUGUUAAGAAUUUUAUUUCAAAAAUGAAGCAAGGGUUCCAUUUGGAAAAUGAACAAAAGAAAAGAAGUUCAAAUCACGGUAAUGAAGUACAAUUUGUUGGGGAAUUGUUGUCCAGUUUUGAAAAAAUUCAUGAAAAUAACAGCUUAUUUGUUAAUCUUGCCAAUGAAUUUAUAUCUGAGUACUGUAAGGAUUUGAAAUUAUCAAAUGAUUCCUCAUUAUUCCAAAGCAUUUUGGCUGGUCACCUUUACUUACCAAGUUUCUAUAAAUACAACCAAAUACAACUGAAAUUGAAAAAGUUGAAGACAAUAUCUAAUGAAAAGGUUCAUGAAGAACACACUGGCCAAUCAUCUUCAAAUAAUAGUGGUUCUAGUCAUGCGGAACAUCAAAUGGCAAACUUAGUAGCUCCAUAUCAAUUUGAAUUACCGUUCCAAUUACCGGAUUCUAACCGAUUUUUGUUCAAGUAUCAUCCUAUUUUUAUCUGUCCAGUAUCCCGAGAGCAGUCUAUUCCUAUUACUGAAACGUUAGUACAAACUACUAUAAGGGAAGAUAAUAUAAUAAAGAAAAGGAAAUAUGUAGUGGAGAAUCCAUCUAAAACCCAGGUGGUAAUUUUGAACUAUUGUCAACACUUGGCUUUAAGAGAUAGUAUUUGGCAAUUGUCUAAGAAAGGAAUGGAGGUUUUUAAAUGUCAUUACUGUUACAAGAAACACAAGUACAGUGACAUUUCCGAUGCAUAUUUUAUUGAUUUAUAA